AUGACAAACCCAUUCAAAACGCUUGACCACCCGACCGGUAAUUCGAGCCGAAAAGGUGUGUUGGUCCAUUGGACUGGCCAACAAACAGGAAAACACAAACACGAAACGAUGGUACGACGCGCUACAGCACCACCGCUCUAGCGCGAAAUCAGAAGGCACGUCGCUUCGAUUCGGCGUUCCCCUUCCCGACCCCACCACUCAAUCUUCUUUUUGGCUGUUACGUUUCGGUGGAGGGGGCGAGGAGGUCGAAACUUGCCUUAACGACUCGUGAUAUUCAUGUCAUCCCGAACGGUACAAUGAAUAACUUGACGACAGUACGCGCGCCCAAUACGGUGGGCGAGGAAGAGCCGGAGGUGUGGGAAAGUAAGCCUAAUACUGUAGCUUUUGAUGGUUUUUAGUUCUUAUAAGGUCGUAUAUUGCUUUAAAAUUUCAAAAUUUUUGCCUUGCCGAGCCCUGCUUUAACCAUAUUUAGAACCAAAUCCAGACUUGGUCUUUUUAGCCAUAGUGUUAGCUCUAGUCUGAGGCCUAGCCUGAGUCCUAGCCUGAAUCAAAGCCUGUUUCAUAGCCUGAGUUAUAGGCUAAGCCCUAGCUGAGUCUAGUCUUAGCCUGUAGCUUAGUCCAAGCCCUAGCGUGUGCCGAAGCCUAAACCCUAGCUCUACCUCUAGCCCUACCUUUAGCCUUAGUCUUAGACUUAGCCUGAGUUCUAGCCUGAUCCCUAGCCUGUGCUCUAGCCUAAGGCCUGGCUUCAGCCCUAGCCUUAGCUCUAACCUAUGCACUAGCCUGAGCAGUAAUCCAAAGCUCUAGCCCCAGAUGUAACCUUAGCCGAAACUCAAGCCCUAGCCAUAGUCUCCUCUGCCCUACCCUACCUCAUCUUACCCUACCCAAUCUAAAAUCAACCUAUAACAAUCAUAAACUUUAAAUUAUAAACUACUGUACACAACUUUUCAGCAUGGUUCUACGGUAUGUUAAUAAUGACCAUAACGUGCAUCAGCAGUCCGCUUGGAAUCGUCAUGGUACCAUUGUUAAACAAAGCUCUGUACGAAAGAUGUAUGACAUUCCUUGUAGCAUUAGGCAUCGGAGCCAUGUCUGGCUCGUGUUUGUUCAUCUUAUUACCACAUGUAAGUAUUGGAGUAGGCUUGCUUUGGGGAAUUAAAAAAGGCAAUUUUAAACUAAUUUUUGAACUUUUAUAAAAGCUUCUUAUCAAAGAUACCAUACCGAUGUUAUCAAACAUGCCAUUAACAAACAACCUUCUUGGUGUCCCUCAGCGUAUUUUACAAAAUUUUGAAAAUUUAAACCUAAUUUUUCGAAAUUUUUGACAUUAUCAUCUAUAUACCAUAAAUUAUAGUACAAUAUUUAAAGUUUUAUGCUACUUUUUAGUCCUUCAACAUAACAGAAGUCACUUCGAUAGAUUAUUUACAAAAGUGUUGGCUGAUAGUCGGCGCAUUAUAUGGGUUUUUUGCCAUCGACAGGCUACUACAAUGUCUUCUGGAGCUGAGAAGGGUAGGUUAAUACUUUAGUCCGUCUUUUUAAUUUUAUAUUCUGAUGACGAAUAGAUCAAGGAUUGUUUCUUAUAGAAAAUGUUUUGCUUGAGGAAAGUACAAGGUAAAAUAAAGUUAAUUUUAGUCAGAAUACGUAGCCUUUUGUAAAAUACUCGUCUUUAGUAAUAUAGGUAAUAUUUUGUAAAAUACGUCCCUUUCUUUUCCCAUUAUCUACUUCAUUUCCAGAGACGCCAAAACAAAGCCCGAAUUCAUGCCACAACGAUAAAAACCUUAUCACACGAUCAGAAAAACGUGGAUAAUAUCCAAUUUGCCGACAUAAAUGGCAAUUGCAAGCACAAUGGUCAAGAGCAAUAUGAAAAGGACAUUGAAAAUAUCAAAGUGAGUCCACAACAAAAUUUUUUGUUUUAAUAAUAUUAGGUUGAUCAAAUAAGUAUGUGUCUCCACACAAGAAAAAAUUUUAGGGUUAGGAGCACAAAAUUAUUUGAACAGCUUAAUAUAUAAUAAGUAAAGUAAAAUUUUUUUUAAAAGUAAAAAAAAAUCCUUUUUUUCAAAAUUACAUCUAAAAAAUGACGUUUUCAGGACGAAAUAGAUGUCUCCAUGCUCUCGAACAAAUUGGCUAGAACCGUAAGUUACUACAACUUUUAUUAUAUUAACUAUGACAUCAAGUAACCGUUUUUCCAAAACUAAAUUUAAAAAAAAACUUUCAAAAAAUGUUAAAAAAUUACUUUUAUCAUAUUUUUAUCAGUGUAAAAUACGUUUAGUUGCCCUAUUUUUAAAUUUUAAAGAGUAAACAAGACGUUAUAACGCGUUAGGUAAACUUAUGUACGGCCCAAUUGAAUUAAGCAAACUUAUGUACGGCCGAAUUAGAAAACUUCAUUUUUAGUUCUUGAAAGAAGAUGUGUUGCUAUAGAAUUUUAAAACCAAUACCUUCCUGAGCCCUGCCUUAGCCUUACCUCCAAGUUCAGCCCCAUCUCUAGCCCUGGCCUUCACCUUACCUUAGCCUCAGUCUUAACCGUAGUCCUAGCACUAGCGUAGCUCUAACACUAGCUAUAGCCCUAUCUUUAGCUCUUGUUAGCCUAUCUCUACCUUUAGCCCCAACCCAGCCAUAGCAAUAGGCCUAGACUAGUCCUAGCCCUAAAUCCAAAUUCCAGACAAUAAAUUUCAGUUUUCAACCCGCCGCCGAAUAGCGAUCCUAAAAUCAGAGCCGCUCGAAGGAAUCCAGUACCAAUCUCCAAAUGGCUCCAUGUUAGAAGUCGAUGUCCAUAGUCUAGCAUCAAGGCCGACCAGUCGACAACAAAGUCGACAGCCAUCACCAGCCACAACUCCUGCACAGUCGCCUGCUCCUUCACGUUCUACGAAAAUGAAAGCUUCUCCGGCUUCUGAUUCAUCGUCAGAUGAGAUUCAAGUGGCAGUGGAAGUGCAUGAGAAGAAAGUGAUUGAUAAGAAAGAGUUGGAGGUGGCUAGUGUUGCCUAUAUGAUUAUAUUUGGCAGUGCGGCCAACAAUUUUGUUGAUGGAAUGUCGAUUGGAGCAGCUUUUAGUGAUAGUGUGAUCAGGGGGAUCAGUAUUGGAAUGGCCGUGGUUUCACAGCAGUUUCCACAAGAGUUAGGUAGGUUAUUGUACUUAUGGUUCACAUUAUACUAAGCAAAGUUGUAUAUAAAGCAACCUAGGUUAUCCCGAAAGUCUUAGCUUUGGACUAGGCUUAAAACUUGUCUGACAAUUUGCCUUAAAGCUUUACUACAUUAAGAAGCAAGUCUAAAGCCUUAAAACCAACCCAAAUAUCAAGCAUAAACCCUCAAAUAACCUCAAAUUACAAGUUUGAUAUUCAGGUACCCUAGCCAUUCUGAUCAACUCCGGCUUAGGACUAAAAAGAACCUUGUUGGUACAGAUCAUCCCCAUUAUCAUGAGUUAUCUUGGCUUUGGUGCUGGAGUUGUACUGGACAAUUUGGAUGACAGCUACGACUCUUUUAUCUUUUCCAUAUCAGCUGGAAUGUAUUUGUACAUAUUCUUAGGUACUUUGGUAAGAUUUUGUCUUGUUUUCUGUUUUGUAAAAAAAGUUCUUGCUAUUUUUUGCACUGUAAAGAAAGUUAUUGCCAUUUUUUGUUUUGUAAAGAAAGUUAUCGCCAUUUUCUGUGUUGUAAAUAAAGUUCUUGCCAUUUCUUGCUAUGUAAAGAAAGUUCUUGCUAUUUUUCGCUCUGCAUUUUAACCAUUCAAGCAAAAACACAAAAUUUAUAAAAUUCGCAGCCUGCAAGUGACAUAUUAUACGAUAAAAUCAGAUUUUUUAAAACUGUAAACAAAGUUUUCGCCGUAAAAAUUCAAAUUUUUUAAAAAUUUUUACAUUUAGCUGCCAGAAAUUCGAGAUUCUUUCAACGAAUUGUUGAAGAACGAUUUGGCCGAGGCGUUGUUAACGACCGUCUUACAAUUCACGGGUAUCAUCUUCGGAACGACGUUCAUGUUCUUGAUGAACAUCACAAACGACGAGAUUUGA